UGUGUGGUGUUUGGUUUUUUUUAAUUAAUAAUAAAUGAAGUAAAAUGGUAUUUAAACCUAAGUUUUGGUCCUUGGUGGUUGCUUAGAGGUCUAGGAGCUGCAUUUACCUGCAGUAUGCCCCUGUGCUCCUGGUGUGUGAGAAGUGGCAUCCUUCUGGAAGGGUGAUGGAGCUUCAUUGCCCAGAACCAUCUCCUGGGCAGAGAGAGGUUUGAGUUGUGUUUUUCAGUAUUGCAGCACAAAUGAUUGAUGUAUGCCACUUUUUCUGCCUUCCCUUCAUCUCAGGGGACAAGCUGGGUGAAGUGGAGGGAUUUUUCUGUUUGUAAGUGCAUGCUGCCUCUGUGAGCAGGCAGGGCAGAGAGGAGCACAUUGCCUUUGCACUGGAAGCUGGCCUUCUGGAGGCCCUUUGCUUCUUUUGUACAUCUACUGUGAUGUCUGGGACCUCCUUUUAAGAGCAGCGUAUCUCCUGCACAGCUGAAUUUUACUUCUGUAUCAGCCUAGGUUUAUUUUUUUUCUCUCCCCCACCCACCAUUGCUGCCUUCCCUUUUUAUGUUUUUAGGAAAAAAAAAAAAAAAAAAGUGAAGACUAAAUAUACCUAAAAGUUGCAUGUUCGGGGGGGUUUGGUCUCUGUAUGACAGAGCAGUUAGCUAAAGGAGCUCACGUUGUGCAGUAAGCUGGGUCACUUCAUGUUUUGUUAUUUUUUUAAUGAGACAUCCGAGUAGAGGGAGCCUCGACUGAAAAUUACUGUUCUGAUCUGUGAGCAGUCCGAAUAGCUUGGGAAUUAAAAUAUUGACUGAAGUUGAGUAAAUUGAUUUUUAUAUAUGUUUUUCUUGUAUGAAGAGCUUUGUGUAACUGCUGGGGCGUGACUUUAAAUUCUGGGCAGGACUUUGUGGCUUGGUAGCAUCAAGUUCAGCUUCUGAUGUUGCAAUGAAGAAGGAAGUGAGCAUGUGUGUGCAUGGGGAGGGGGAGAACAAAGCACUUCUGCCUGGCCACAUAAGGUGGGAAUUGCAGCUGGCUGGUUAUUUUUAGCUUCUAACUCGUUCUGAAUGUGAAUCUUCUAAUCUUCUCUUUUUUUUUUAUUUUUCCCCUCUUUUUUUUCAAACCAGAAUGUUUGGUAAAUGAGGCUGUCAGUCUGUUUUAAAGAUUAUUCUUUUCAUUUUUAAGCUUUUAUAAGCCUCCAAGGCUGCGGGAGUGGGCGUGAUGUAUUUUGCAAGCAUUUCUGUCUGCUGUUAAUUUUGCAGGUGUACGUCCAUAGCUGUGGACACAAAGCAUGGUAGGGACUGCAAGGAAAGGUGGGACCUCACAGAUCAGCCUCUGUAGUUGGAAAAGCAUGGAAACUUUAGUGAAGGAAAAAAGUCGAAGGAGCGGAUCUGGAUCUGACUUUGUUCCCUCUUUGCAAAAACAUGCAACAAUGCAAGUUAUAAGGACUUUUUAUGGGUAGGAAGGAGAGGUAGAAGAUACCAUCAGUUUCCACCAGCGUGCUUUCCAGUCACUCACUGUGAUAGUGAAUCUUUUGUUGGGUUUUUUGUGUGUGCUCAUGCUGACCUGAAAAGGGCCAUACAGGAUGUUUCCAUUUCCAGCUCUUCAGCAUAAUGGAUGAAUAAACUCACCCUUCCUAUGUUGGUUUGUUGCAGUAAGGUGAGCUUUCCUUCCUGGGAUCUGCCUCUUUUGCUGUACUGGCCUCGCAUACCCAACCUCUGAAAACUCUUCAUGCACUAUCAGAACGCGGAUGGAAGAAAAUGUUCCAACCAUUUUGCUUUAGGGCUUCAGUGUCUUAAAAUGUGCUGUUAAAAAUAACACUUUUUUUUUUUUUUUUAAUGUAUUCAGCAAUGCUUUCCUGGCUCCAUGCCUCUCCCCCUAUAUUAUGUGCCAUUAAUGCCUACCAAAACUCAGCAGCCCCGAGUCCUGCUGACUUGGGUUUUUUCAUGCUGACUGGGAUUGGCUGUGGAAGUCUGAAGACAGAGCAUGGUUUCCUCUGUCAACACAACAGGUGCAUCCCAGGUAGGAGUUUUCCCCUUUAUUGCUGAAAGAUCUCCUUUCAUGUUGAUUUUGAAGGAUCUGCUGCUCUCACUGUCAUUUUCCUCUCCCUCAAGAGCAGUUCAUUCACUGAAUUAAGUCUGAAGGAAGUACGGGUGGUGAAUGAUACUGCUGGGCAAGACAGAGGUAUGUACAAUGGCAGCUAGAUUCCUUGUAGCUCUUCCAGAAUCUUUGUAUAGUAAUCAGGGCAUAUUCCUCUGUUUUCAGAAGCAGUUUAAUAUUUUAUCCUCAUUCCUAUAUUAUAUGCCAAUUAACGCGUUUACUGAAUUGAAUCAAGAAACCUCUGGUGGUUCACAUGGAUAUGUUGAACACCAAAUUUUGUCUGCUAGUGCAUAUAUACUGUGGCAGCUAAUUGAGAAGCUCUGCUGGCUGUGUUGGGACUGCCUUAAACCCACAUCCCAAGCGCCCAGAACUUCCAAGGACAGCUGCGUAUCAGAAGACAAAUCCAUUUUUGCUGUGGUGUAUGUUUGAAUAGCUUCUGAGCACGUUAUUGGUUUGCAGUUCAUUUUAGUUGUGUUCUGUUUUGCUUGGCGGUCAGAAAUGUGCUUGGGCUAAGUGUGGUGCAGUCACUUUUUGUGCUGGUCAUCUCAUUCCUUGUCCUUAAGCGCGCGCUCUGCCCAUGCCUGUUUUGGGAGAUAGCACAGCUAUCACCAGCUAACACCAGUGAAGGACACUGGUUUCUGUAGCCUUUAACAUCUAUCAGGUUUGUUUAGCAGCUGACUUGGGUCACGCUUUGAGAUUUACAGGGCAUCUGGUGGUGUUUUGUCUGUGAGUUUAUCUCUCCCUCUCAGUAAGGCCAUGCUCUUCUGGCUGGUGCUGAUAGCAGCUGCUGGGAUGCGGGUGUUUGGGUGCUGAUCUGGGAUGAGCACUUGGAUCCUUUUGCCUUUAGUUGGAUGAAAAGGCUGCAGAUGGGUGUUUGCCCAUAUUUGAUGACUCCAACAGUUCUUAUGCAGUGGUGAGGCUUCCUAUGGUCUGCUCAGAAUAUUGGGAGUGCACAGGAUUUGGGGAGACGGGAGCACGCAACAAUGCUGCUGAAAGGAAUCUGAGCCACAGAGCAUGCUUUGUGCCACAGUUACCCAGGUGCUGAAUGCUGUCUACAAACUACUUUGUCGAUGAAGGAAGAAACUGAUUGGGAACUGAAGGCGCCAACUAGUUCAUAAUCCUGUUCAACAUGCGCAAAGGGGUGCCAAAGGACCCAGAAAUAGCUGACCUGUUCUACAAAGAUGAUCCUGAAGAAAUAUUUGUGGGUUUACAUGAAAUCGGACACGGAAGUUUUGGAGCGGUUUACUUUGCUACAAAUUCCCACACUAAUGAGGUGGUGGCAGUCAAGAAGAUGUCCUACAGCGGCAAGCAAACCAAUGAGAAAUGGCAGGAUAUCAUCAAAGAAGUCAAGUUUCUGCAACAGCUGAAGCACCCAAACACCAUAGAAUAUAAGGGCUGUUACCUGAAGGAGCAUACAGCAUGGUUGGUUAUGGAGUACUGUUUAGGAUCAGCUUCUGAUUUGCUAGAAGUUCACAAGAAACCACUUCAGGAAGUGGAGAUUGCUGCCAUCACCCACGGUGCCUUGCAGGGGCUGGCCUACCUGCACUCUCACUGUAAGAUACACAGGGACAUUAAAGCUGGAAAUAUUCUUCUAACAGAACCAGGUCAAGUAAAGCUAGCUGAUUUUGGGUCUGCAUCUAUAGUCUCCCCUGCCAAUUCCUUCGUAGGAACACCUUACUGGAUGGCACCAGAGGUGAUCCUUGCUAUGGAUGAAGGACAGUACGAUGGAAAGGUGGAUGUCUGGUCUCUUGGGAUCACAUGUAUUGAGUUAGCUGAAAGGAAGCCUCCGCUUUUCAACAUGAAUGCAAUGAGUGCCUUAUAUCACAUAGCCCAGAACGAUUCCCCUACGUUACAGUCAAACGAAUGGUCAGACUCCUUUAGGGGAUUUGUUGAUUACUGCUUACAGAAAAUACCUCAGGAAAGGCCAUCAUCAGCAGAUCUACUACGGCAUGAUUUUGUUCGCCGAGAUCGACCGCCGAGAGUCCUCAUAGACCUCAUACAGAGGACAAAAGAUGCAGUGCGAGAACUGGAUAACCUUCAGUACAGGAAAAUGAAGAAAAUCCUUUUCCAAGAGACGCGGAACGGCCCUCUGACUGAGUCUCAAGAGGAGGAGGAGGACAGUGAGCAUGGAUCAAACCUGAGUAGGAAGAUGGACAGUCUGGGCAGCAACCAUUCCAUCCCAAGCAUGUCUGUGAGCACAGGCAGUCAGAGCAGCAGUGUGAGCAGCAUGCAGGAGGUCCUGGAUGAGAGCAGCCCUGAACUGGUCAUGAUGCAUAGUGACGAGAGCACAAUUAAUUCCACUUCCUCCGUUGUUCAGAAGAAGGAUCAUGUAUUUAUAAGGGAUGAGGUGGGCCACAGGGAUCGCAGGCCUGAGGUGCGGCCUACCCAGUCGGUGCAGAAUCAGGCCCUCCACUACCGGAACCGAGAGCGCUUUGCCACGAUCAAAUCAGCAUCUUUGGUUACAAGGCAGAUCCAUGAGCAUGAGCAGGAGAACGAGUUGCGGGAACAGAUGUCAGGAUAUAAGCGGAUGCGGCGCCAGCACCAGAAGCAGCUGAUCGCCCUGGAAAACAAGUUGAAGGCCGAGAUGGACGAGCACCGCCUCAAGCUGCAGAAGGAGGUGGAGACACAUGCCAACAACUCGUCCAUUGAGCUGGAGAAGCUGGCCAAGAAGCAAGUGGCUGUGAUGGAGAAGGAGGCAAAGACAGCUGCAGCAGAUGAAAAGAAAUUCCAGCAACAGAUUUUGGCUCAGCAAAAGAAAGACCUGGCGACCUUUUUAGAAAGUCAGAAGAAACAAUACAAGCUUUGCAAGGAAAAGAUUAAAGAGGAAAUGAAUGAGGACCACAGCACACCGAAGAAAGAGAAGCAGGAAAGAAUAUCCAAACACAAAGAGAACCUGCAGCACACACAGGCUGAAGAGGAGGCCCAUCUUCUCAGCCAGCAGAGACUCUACUACGACAAAAACUGCCGUUUCUUCAAGAGAAAAACGAUGAUCAAGAGGCACGAGUUGGAGCAGCAGAACAUUCGGGAAGAGUUGAACAAGAAGCGGACCCAGAAGGAAAUGGAGCACGCCAUGCUGAUCCGGCACGACGAGUCGACGCGUGAGCUGGAAUACAGGCAGCUACACACGCUGCAGAAGCUGCGGAUGGACCUGAUCCGACUGCAGCACCAGACUGAGCUUGAGAAUCAGCUGGAAUACAACAAGCGACGAGAGCGGGAGCUGCACAGGAAGCAUUUCAUGGAGCUCCGGCAGCAACCAAAGAACCUGAAGGCUAUGGAAAUGCAGAUCAAAAAGCAGUUCCAGGACACGUGCAAAGUGCAAACUAAGCAGUACAAAGCACUGAAGAAUCACCAGCUGGAAGUAACUCCAAAGAGUGAGCACAAGACAAUUUUGAAGAGUCUGAAGGACGAGCAGACGAGGAAGCUCGCCAUCCUGGCGGAGCAGUAUGAGCAGAGCAUCAACGAGAUGAUGGCCUCGCAAGCGCUGCGACUGGAUGAGGCCCAAGAAGCAGAAUGCCAAGCCCUGAGACUGCAACUCCAGCAGGAGAUGGAGCUCCUCAACGCGUACCAGAGCAAAAUUAAGAUGCAGACAGAAGCACAGCACGAAAGAGAACUCCAGAAGCUGGAGCAGAGGGUGUCACUGCGCAGGGCACAUCUGGAACAAAAGAUUGAAGAGGAGCUCGCCGCCCUCCAGAAGGAACGCAGCGAGAGGAUCAAGUUUCUGUUGGAAAGGCAGGAGCGAGAGAUUGAAACGUUUGACAUGGAGAGCUUACGAAUGGGCUUUGGGAAUUUGGUCACAUUAGAUUAUCCCAAGGAGGACUAUAGAUGAGACGAAAUUUCUUUUUGCCAUUUAACAAAAACCAGACAAAAAAAAAUCAAACAAAAUAGUUACAAAACUUGCAAAACCAACAUUCCCCAUGUUAACGGGCGUGCUCUCUCUCUUUCUGUCUCUCUUACUGACAUCGUGUCGGACUAGUGCCUGUAUAUUCUUACUCCAUCAGGGGUUCCCUUUCCCCCUGUGUCAAGUCCCGGUGCAGGACAGCUCCUGGCGGUCUUUUCCAUAGUAUGUCACAGUAUUGAUGUCUCUGUGCAAUGAUUAAAAAUGUUUCAGUGAAAAACUUUGGAGACGAUUUUAAUGGAGAAAAAAAAAAAACGAAAAAAAAAAAAAAAAAAAAAAAAAACCAACCAAACCCAAGUGGAUGUUUGUUGCUUUGGAGCAAUCACUCAUUUUUCCACCAAUCUCUGAAAGUACAAGCAAAAAAAAA